CACGCAUCUUCAGUCCCAAGCAACCCCAAUUUUUCCUCUCUUUUUUUUCUUCUUCUUUUUGGUAAUGCAUGCCAUGGCCAUUACCAUUCUGCUGCUACUGCUCCUCUCCUUCCAUGGUGGUCGCCCACAUGGCAUAGAGCUCACAAGCUCGAUCAGCUAAUGGCCAUCACUACCUCCAACUAACUAACCACCUUUUCUCUCCACUGCACAGCAACUUCAUCAGUCCCAUAUCUAUCAAGGCUAUCACCAUGAGUGUGCAAAAUAUUCAUCCGGCCAUGCCUCCCCUACAAAUACAAUCCCUGUCCUUGUCGUGGCCGUCGACAUCGCCGGAGUCGGAGCGAAAGAAAGAACAGUGCUGGCACUAGGCCACUAGCUAAGUAGCUAGCUAGCUAGCUAGUAGCAGUGGUAGCUGAAGAGGAGGAGCUAGUUGAUCAGCUGAGCUGAGCUAGAGGUAGAAGAAGAAGAUGGACACCAUUGAGGAGUGCAGUGUGGACGAUGGACGCCGGCUGAUGCUGCUGGGGUCGAGGAUACUGGUCGGCGUGCCCAACAACUCCCGGGGAUGCUCCGAGCUGCUCUCGUGGGCGAUCCGCGUCGUCGCGAGGCCCAACGAUUCGGUUGUCGCCGUCCAUGUUCUUGGAGGGAGGGGGAGGAAGAACAGGCUGCAGAAGGCGAACGCGUUUGUGAUCUACAUGCUCGGGGAGUUUGUGGAGACUUGUGAGGCUAAACAGGUAAAUUUGGAGGCCAAGGUGGUUUGCAGCCCAAGCAUUUGGAGAGCACUUACCCAGGAAGCUACAUUGACUGAUGCAAACUUCCUCAUUGUUGGGAGAUCAGGAAAUGCAUAUCGUAGGAAUCAUUUUGAGGUUGCAAACUACUGCUACAUGAAUGCUCCAAGAAACUGUUCAGUGAUUGCAGUUGGAAGGGAUGGUCUACCACAGAGCGCCGCUCGAUUCAAGUCUCGAUCAUUUGAUGACAGUAGUAUCUUCUCAAGCUCAACAUGGAGCAGGAGAUUUCCACCACUUCAGAAGCUACUCAGAUCAAACUCAGCGCGAAAACCGGCACAAUCAACGGGUGAAGCCACAGAGGACAAGAGCUCACCAAGGGCAGUUCUUGAUGGUCCAGAGGCAGGGGAGCAACAUGUCACUGAAGAAUGCUACAGCACAACAUCUAGCAAUGAGGUGAGCCGGCGUGGUCAAAAUGGCAUCUGGAGGAGGCUAUCUGACAUGAAGCUCUGGCUUCCAUUCCUGCGGUCCAUCGACGAUGAAAACGUGAAAGGAGGUGAUAAUUCUUCGAAUUAUACUGAAGAUCAGAAGCCUGCCUGGAGGUGUUUCAGCUACCAGGAGAUUUCAGUUGCUACCAAUGACUUCCAUCCAGAUAACAUGGCUGGGAGAGGAGGCUAUGCAGAAGUAUACAAGGGUAUCCUAUCUGAUGGACAAUGUGUAGCUGUGAAGAGAUUGGCACAAGGUAAGCCAACUGAACAGAAGGAAAAAGAGUUCCUGACAGAAUUGGGAAUCCAGGGACAUGUCUGCCACCCAAACACAGCAUACCUUCUUGGCUGCUGUGUUGAGAAUGGACUCUAUUUAGUAUUCGAGUUCUGCGAAAACGGGACACUUGCAUCGGCACUGCACGGGAAGAGUGCCAAAAUCCUUGAGUGGCCUUUGAGGUACAAGAUUGCGGUAGGUGUCGCGAGGGGCUUGCAGUAUCUGCACAUGUUCUGUAGGCACCGGAUCAUCCAUCGCGACAUCAAAGCCUCCAAUGUGCUACUUGGUGAUGAUUUUGAGCCUCAGAUAUCAGACUUCGGACUGGCAAAGUGGCUUCCCAAGCAGUGGACUCAUCACUCUGUCAUACCUAUAGAGGGCACAUUUGGGUAUUUAGCACCAGAGUACUUCAUGCAUGGCAUUGUCGAUGAGAAGACCGACAUUUUCGCAUUCGGAGUUUUGCUGCUAGAGAUUGUCACUGGAAGGAGGCCUAUUGACUGCUCCAAGCUGAGCCUUCUUCAGUGGGCAAAGCCACUUCUUGAAGCUGGACAAGUGACUGAACUUGCAGACCCGAAUCUCGGCGGCGAUUAUGACAAGGAUCAGCUGAAGAGGAUGGUCGCAGUCGCGUCACGCUGCAUUAUGCGACCGGCGAUGUGGCGGCCCUCCAUGGCUGAGGUGCUGCAUUUCCUGUCAACUGAUGAGUGCCUGAAGGAGCCGGAGAAGUGGAACAUUCCGGAAGACGAGGUCGACGACAUGGAUGAUUGCACUAUGUUUUCUGAAUCUUUGUCUCCAUGAAGACAGGCUCUGAUAUUAUUUGGUCUUUGGCAUGGCUGUUCUUCAUGGUGAUGUCAAGUGCUACCUUUUAUGUUUCUUCUCUUGGUUUUGGAAUGUUAGGUGCUUGGUAUGUAAUCAUGCAAUUUAGGGAGAAGAUUUUGAAGAUAUGGUUCGAAUUUAUCUUUUUAUGGAUGAACAUAAAAAGAUCACAUUUUCCUGUAAAUUAUUCAUGAGAAAAUUUGGUGCUGUUGAGCCAAGCAUAUAUCAUGUGCACUAAUAAACAGCUCAUUUGUAA